UUUUAUGCACAUGGGUACGAUUAUUGGAGCAAGCAAGGUAUAAAUGGGCCUAAACCAAUACCUAUAUUUGGAAAUUUUCUCAGCACUAAAUUUACAGUUUUCGUGGAUGACCUAGAGUUAACCAAGUAUUAUUCUGGAAGAGUACCUAUUUUACGAAUAUCGGAUCCGGAGUUAAUCAAAGUUAUAUUAAUUAAAGAUUUUCAUCUAUUUCCAAAUCGAUCAAAGUUAAACAUGUCUAACAAUGCAAUAACGAGUAAAAAUCUAAAACAAUUGACCGGGGAUAAUUGGCAUCGCAUUCGAGCAAUAGUUAGCCCAGUAUUCAGUUCGGGAAAAAUGCGUAAAAUGAAGCCUAGGAUUGUGGAGUGUUUAGGGGAAGUGUACACACGAUUAGAUGAAAGUCACUUGGUCAAUUUAUUGGAAAUAUGUAGACAGUUUUCAAUGGAUGCAAUGGCCACAAGUGUAUUCUCUAUCGAUAUACAAUGGGGUAAGUUUCUCGACCGUGUUAACAAUAACGGUUUACCAAAUUUCGCUAAAGAUGGGUUUCGGGAUCCCAAAGCGACAAACUUUUUCGUUGACUCCAUUCGACAUAUAAUUUCGCAAAGACGACAAAACCCAGAUUUAAAACACAAUGACUUCAUUCAACAACUUAUGGACGCGGAAAUAGAUACCACCAAUCUGGGUGGCACAACAACCACUGUACCAGGUGAUAUUUCACUCCCUUUGUCCUCCAGUACCCUAUUCGUUAAUAGGCUUUUGCUCUACUAUCGUGUUCCUAACGUAUUCCUUGUGGCCACCUAUGGGGGAACGGCAUUAACCCUGGCGUUUAGUCUCUACGAAAUGGCUGUUAAUGAAGAUAUUCAGCACCGACUAUACGAUGAGUUAACAGAAGCUAUCGAUUCGAAAACGGGAGAAAUCCCUGACCACCAGUUGGCACGACUACCCUAUUUAGAUGCAGUCAUAUCGGAAACUUUACGGCGCUAUACAGCUCCGGUGCCUUUAGCUAGGUAUUGCACACAAGACUGUAAACUAGGUGAUACCGGUAUUGUAAUUAAAGCUGGUCAACAGAUUGAAAUCCCAGUGCACGCUAUACACCAUUCGGAUCUGAAUUAUAAAGAUCCUUUCAUAUAUGACCCUGAUAGAUUUAUGCCCGAUCAAAAACACUUGAUUAGGCCGUACACGUAUUUGCCGUUUGGGGCGGGACCUCGACAUUGCGUGGGUAUGCGGUUCGCGCUAUUUGAAAUCAAAUUGGCCCUUGCUCAUAUCGUAUUGCGCUACCGAUUCAUACGGUGCCCACAAACAGACGUUCCCAUAAGAUAUAAGAAGUUUAUUCAU